ACCGGCAGGUGGCGGGGGGAGUCCGAAUGCGCUGCAGGGCCAGCGGUGAAAACACGGAUCUUUACGUUACUUCUGCUAAUAAAGCAGUUUAGUUUAAUGUGGAUCAAAUGCACCGCGGUUCAUGUGAUCCGUGUGCUGAAGUUUAUCGGCUCCUAACUUACAGAAAUCAGCUGCACAUCUGACGGAUUGGGACCUGGACCUGGUGUCAGCACUGAGUGAGGACCAACUUCAGUUAACAGCAGCACACAGAAAAUGCUGCAGAAAUGAUAGCAGCUCACGAGUUACACACCGAGUACACCUACCCUCAUGAAACAGAUACUCAGUUCUCUUCAGAUACAGACUUGGAGGAUCCUGAUGGGCGGAGCCUCAGACCUGGUAAAGGAAAGAAGGGGAAGAAGACAGUGGUGCGUGCUCAGGGUCGAGUGAAUGGCCAUCAUCAGGAGAAUGGAACAGAGAACCUCACACUUUUUGAGAUCAUCAAAUUGGGCAAGAGUGCCACUCAGUCAGUGGUAGAUGACUGGAUUGAGGCAUAUAAAAGUGACCGUGAUGCUGCUCUACUGGACCUCAUUAACUUCUUCAUACACUGCUCCGGCUGUAAAGGUGCUGUGAGUUCAGAGAUGUUUCGUCACAUGCAGAACUCUGAGAUCAUCAGGAGGAUGACUGAGGAGUUUGAUGAGGACAGCGGAGAUUAUCCCCUGACCAUGGCAGGUCCUGUGUGGAAGAAGUUCCGCUGGGGUUUCUGUGAAUUUAUCGGUGUGUUGGUACGUCAGUGUCAGUACAGCAUCAUCUAUGACGAGUACAUGAUGGACACGGUCAUCUCUCUCCUCACCGGCCUGUCUGACUCACAGGUCCGAGCCUUCAGACACACGUCCACUCUCGCAGCAAUGAAGCUCAUGACAGCGUUGGUGAAUGUUGCUCUGAAUCUGAGCAUCAACAUGGACAACACACAGAGACAGUACGAGACCGAGCGCAACAAGAGUCUGGGGAAGAGAGCCAAUGACCGCCUGGAGCUUCUACUACAGAAACGCAAGGAGCUCCAGGAGAACCAGGACGAGAUUGAGAACAUGAUGAAUGCCAUCUUUAAAGGCGUGUUUAUUCAUCGAUACAGAGAUGCAAUAGCGGAGAUCAGGGCGAUCUGUAUUGAGGAAAUUGGUGUGUGGAUGAAGAUGUACAGUGAUGCAUUUCUGAAUGACAGCUACCUGAAAUAUGUGGGCUGGACCAUGCACGAUAAGCAGGGGGAGGUUCGGUUGAAGUGUCUGACUGCUCUGCAGGGUUUGUAUUAUAACCGAGAGCUGAACACCAGACUGGAGCUGUUCACCAGCCGAUUCAAGGACCGGAUUGUGUCCAUGGCACUGGAUAAAGAGUAUGAUGUUGCAGUUCAGGCCAUUAAACUCCUCACACUCGUCCUGCAGAGCAGUGAUGAGGUGCUGACAGCAGAGGACUGUGAGAGUAUAUAUCACCUGGUUUACUCUGCCCACCGUCCCAUCGCUGUGGCAGCAGGAGAGUUCCUCUAUAAAAAGUUAUUCAGUCAGCGGGGUCCAGAGGAGGAGGGGCUGCCAAGGAGAGGGAGACAAUGUCUAAAUGCAAACCUCAUCAAAACCACCGUCUUCUUCUUCCUGGAGAGUGAGCUGCAUGAACAUGGUGCGUACCUCGUGGACAGUCUGUGGGAGUGUGGAUCAGAACUGUUGAAGGACUGGGAGAGUUUCAUCAGCCUUCUACUGGAUGAACCCUUUCCUGGAGAGGAAGCUCUAACAGACAGGCAGGAGACGGCUCUGAUUGAGAUCAUGCUGUGUGCCGUCAGACAGUCGUGUGAGUGUCACCCACCUGUCGGCCGUGGGACAGGGAAGAGAGUCAUGACAGCAAAGGAAAAAAAAACACAGCUGGAUGAUCGGACCAAAAUCACCGAGAUCUUUGCGGUCGCCCUGCCCCUGCUCCUGGCCAAAUAUUGUGUGGAUGCUGAGAAAGUGACAAACCUUCUGCAGUUACCUCAGUAUUUUGAUCUGGAGAUCUACACCACAGGGCGACUGGAAAAGCACCUGGAUGCACUUCUUCGUCAGAUCCGUGAUGUGGUGGAGAAGCACACAGACACAGGAGUGUUGGAGGCGUGUUCGAUGACGUUCCAUGCUCUGUGUAAUGAGGAGUUCACUAUCUACAAUCGUGUGGAUAUCACGCUGAGCCAGUUGAUGGACGAGCAGAUUGACAAGCUUAACCGCCUGCUCGACGACUUCCUCAGUGAGGGUGAAGAGCCUGACGAAGAUGACACAUUUCAGGUUUUAUCAACACUCAGGAGAAUCACAGCUUUUCACAAUGCCCAUGACCUGACUAAAUGGGAUUUGUUCAGUUGUAACUACAGACUACUGAACACAGGACUGCAGAAUGGAGACAUGCCUGAACAGAUUGUGGUCCAUGCUAUGCAGUGUACUCAUUAUGUCGUCCUGUGGAACCUGGCAAAGGUCUCAGAAGGCAGCUCCACACAGGCUGACCUGGUGACCUUGAGGAAGCAGACACGAGCGUUCUGUUUAAUGUGUCAGCGGUACCUCAGCAGCCUCAGCAUGGCUGUUAAAGAGCAGGCCUUCACUAUACUGUGUGAUGCGUUAAUGAUCUUUAGUCAUCAGAUCAUGGCAUCAGGUCGGGAUGUUCUGGAGCCGCUGGUGUUCAGUCCCGACUCGUCCCUGCAGAGUGACCUCCUCAGCUUCGUCCUCGAUCACGUCUUCAUCGAGCAGGACGAUGACGGCAGCACUGACGGACAGCAGGAUGAUGAAGCAGGGAAGAUCGAGGCUCUACAUAAGCGCAGAAACCUGUUAGCAGCUUACUGUAAACUGAUCAUCUAUAAUGUAGUGGAGAUGAGCACUGGAGCUGACAUCUUCAAACAGUACAUGAGAUACUAUAAUGAUUACGGUGAUAUCAUAAAGGAGACGAUGAGCAAGACGAGACAGAUUGAUAAGAUUCAGUGUGCCAAAACCCUCAUCCUCAGUCUGCAGCAGCUGUUUAAUGAGAUGCUCAGUGAACUAGGCUGUAACGUUGAUCGUUCGUCUGUGGCGUUCUGUGGGAUUAAAGAACUUGCUCGUCGGUUCUCCCUCACGUUUGGCUUAGACCAGCUGAAGACCCGCGAGGCCAUCGCUAUGCUGCACAAGGAUGGUAUAGAGUUUGCGUUUAAAGAGCCAAGUCCUCAGGGUGAGGGCACCCCCCCUCUCAACCUUGCCUUCCUCGACAUCCUCAGUGAGUUCUCUUCCAAACUGCUGCGCCAAGACCGCAGGACUGUACACAUGUACCUGGAGCGCUACAUGACAUUUCAGAUGUCCCUGCAGAGGGAGGAGUGUUGGCUGCCUCUCAUCUCCUACAGAAACUCUCUGCAGGCCGGAGCAGACGAUGACACGCUCUCCGUCCUCAGUGGCGUCAGUGGCCGAGGCUCCGCCCGCAGCAGGAAGCCAAGAAUAAACCCCGCCCCUUCAAAGAGGAAGCUGCCAGAGGAGGAGAGCAGCUGUAGCAGCACUGAUGCGAGUAUGUGGAUGGCUCGUGAGCAGCAGCCACAGACCCCCAUGAUGAUGUCACCACCUCACAUGAUGAUGUCAUCAUCCCAUAUGACCUCCACUGUGCUGCGGGAUGCCAAGAAGCUCCGUCCAGAGGAGGGAUACGUGGGCGUGUACACCAUGAGCAACCAAACACAGCACAAUACGUUACAGCAGCCACACACACCCAUCGACUACAAUACACAGGUAACAUGGAUGUUAGCACAGCGGCAGCAGCAGGAGAGAGCGAACAUGCAGAAUGCUAAGAUGAGGAGCCACAUGCAGCACACCAUUCGUCGAAGUGCAGGUCUGAUGGAGGAUGAUGAAGAGCCAAUUGUUGAAGAUGUAAUGAUGUCAUCAGAGCAGCGAUUAGAAGACCUGAACGAGGGCAUGGACUUCGACACCAUGGACAUCGACCUGCCUGCAUCUAAAAACCGACGUGAGCGGACUGAGCUCAAACCUGACUAUUUUGACCCCGCCUCCAUUAUGGACGACUCUGUGCUGAAUGUGUCGAUGUUCUGAUGGAAUCACCGUGGGACUGAGAUGCAGGACCAGUGCACUUUGUUCACUUCCUGUUUCACCCCUUUGUGUUGUUGCCUGCGUGUGGGGCAGAUAGUGGAGCCUUUUAUUCUGUUUCUAUAAAUGAUAGAAAUCGACCUUUUUGAUGUUUAGAUGAUUUUAUAAAGACAAUCAGCUGUAAAUCAGAAGUUUAUAAAGCGUGUGAGGAUUUAAAUUAACUUUUUAAUUCAACUCUGUUAGACACUUUAUCAUCCUGUAGUCUGUCAGUCGCCUUAGUAACAACACUCCAGAAGCUAACUGGCUGUCAGAAUCACAUUAUUUUUAAUCAGUACAUUUCAGCUACAAACAGAAUGUCUACGUCGUCACAAUGAAGUCCAUCAGCUGUGGUGUGUCUGCUGUCUAAUGCUAAUGUAGCUAACAUGUAACUGGAGUGUAUGGUCACCAGUGUAGCAGGUACACUGACUGUACAUGUUUGUUCUUCACAACUGAUUGGGGAAUAGAUUCAUAUAUUUACAGUAAGUUUUAAAUCAGACUUGAGGACUCAGAUUCUGGUGACGUGACUGAUUCAGUGACCCUGUUCAUAUGGUGGCUAUAAGCUGUAAGUACGUUAGCUACAAUAUCGCUGUAACUCUUUCCAGCUGAAGGACUGCAUUUGAGGCAUGUUUUUUUUUUUUUUUUCCUCAAAUGAUUGUUCACAGCCUCUCAGAUUGAACACUUUUAACCAUUAUGAUAUAAUAUAUAGUUAUAUAUCUAUUAAAUAUAUAAUUCUAUAUUAUUCUACACAAACUGUGUGAAAAUGUGAAUUGGUGCUGAUUUAUUUUGUUUUAUUCUCCAUUAGAAUGUAACACUUCAGCAGAAGGUUAAAAAUAAUCUAUAAUCUUUAAAUCCUUUUAUUUGUGCUUGGCUUUUUUUGUUUAUUUUGAAAUUAUAAACCAUGAAAAGAAUAUUAAUAAGGGGGUGUGCUGUUUCCAUGGUGAUGGUAACUAAGGUGAGGGUGUAAUCAUGGUGACGGUUGCCAGGGGCUGAUGGACUGGGCAUGUUUCUUUAUCACAGUUUUGUUAGACUUCUCCCCUCAUUAGCCAUGUGUACAACUGCUGAAAGACUGUGUGUGUGUGUGUGUGUGUGUGUGUGUGUGUGUAAUAUAUUGGACUGUAUAUAAGUGUUUUUUAUUAUAUUUACAAAAGAAAAAUGUCUGCUGUUGCAUUUCCUGUUUGUAUUUAUGUCUGGAGAAAAACUUUUGGAACAAAAUAAACCCUCGGCUGUGAUUUCA